AUGGCAUGUGCAUUUGAAUGGGGGAUAGCCUGGAUACCUUCCCUCCUCGUCGGUACUAGGGACCAGAAAGAGCCCUCUCUCUUUCAUGCCAGGAAAGAAGCGUGUUUCGGGGGUAAGGGAAAGAAAAGAUUAUUCGCAUUGGUUGGUGGAUGGAGUGAGGCGAUGAAGGAAGUGCACGGAGGCUUAGCUCGCUUCAUCCGGAGGCGAUUUCGCGUGCCGGACCCUAAGGGCUGUGGGCCCGGCCGCUCCUUAUUGGGACCUUCUGCCGGUAACAACACACCAACACACCACCACAUUGCAGCCUGCCGCGGCAAAGAUGAACUCGUUCCCGAUUCUCCGCUCAAUGUCGAACAUUUUGGAUGCGAGGGUAAUAUCGGUAGAGACGUAAUGGAGGUCCAGGAAUCGUUGCUUUCACGAAAUUCUGUUGUCCUCGCACGGGAGCCGUUUUCUUUGCUGAUGGAAGCAUAUCACGACUACGUUGAAGUGAAGACAUGCCUUUACCCCAAUGCGGAGGAGAAAGGCAUGCGAACGCGCACUCGAACUGAUCGAGGAAGGCAGAGUGCUCUUUUCGAAUCGGGAUGGGACGCGGGAGGAGAAAGAAAGUGGGUUCCAGAAGCUGAGGACGAGUGUUUUCGUGUUACCUUGGGAAAGCACGAGGUUCACCGAGGAGGAAAUACUUUAAAUACCGCGCGUAAUUAUUUUCUUUAUGUUAUGUGA